GUCAUUAAGCAUGACAUAAUCGCGGUAGUUUCUAAUGCUUAGACCAGCAUUCAGUGUGGCACGGCAGCACUGCUUUGAACGCCCUGUGACGAAAUUUAAUGAUUGUUUAUUUGCUCAGGCAAUAGGAAUUUGACUGAGAGCCAAUAAGCGAAGGUCUUGCGUGAUCUUAGCAGGAAGCAGCACUGGAUUGACUUGACUGAGGGCUCGAUCAUAUUUUCACUGCGCCGAAACUGAACGAGUGGGCUGUUUGUUUUUGGGCGUUGAACACGUGGGAGAAUCGUGUAUAUAAAGAGUGGAUGUAAUGAAGUGGCGAUUAUUAAACCACCAGUUAUGGAGAAGGCAAACGAACAAGCAGACAUGCUUUUUAUAGAGUCUGAGCCGGAGAACCGCCUGCGGUUACAGUACCGCUCACUGCGGCGACAAGUGUUGUUCAUCCAGACCUUCAGCGUGCUAUUCUGCGUCACUUGCUGCACCUUCACGCUUAUGUAUCACGCAAACGCGUCCAGCUGCAAGGACAAUAUCGCUGAAGAGCCACCUAGAACUGAGAUGCAGCGUAUUGAAUCUAAUCGAAGAGACACAACUUUCAUUCAUCUCAAAGUCAAACACAACAUACUUGCCGUUAAGACUAGAGAUGUGCCAUGGACCAAGUAUUCAACACAAGAUCUUCCAGAUUAUAGUGGAUACUUCGCUUUGUCUGAAGAUGGUACAUCUCUGGAAGUCAAACGUUCGGGAACAUACAAAGUUUCUCUACAGAUUACGUACAGAGGACUUGAUAACUACAUCAAAGAAACCACUCUGCAGCAGGAUAUUAAAACCUAUUCUCACGGCUAUGAAGCACCCAUUUUUCUGCUUACUUCAAUGGAAACAUUGAACUUUACAUCCCCAUACUGGAAAAAGAGUAUUUUCUCUGAAGGUAUUUUUUCUCUUGAAGCUGGGGAUAAACUCAGCGUAGAGUCCAACAAUCUACCCCUCAUUGACCGUUUUCACCAAACAACUUUCUUUGUGGUUUAUCCACAUUUUUCAUCAUGGUGAAAAUUGAAGUAAUGAUGUACUAUAUUCAUAUGUCUGAGAUUAGUUUGUGAUUCAGUCAUUUGGAUCUCGGAUAUGUUGUAUGGAAGAAAAAAUAUACAGGUCAUGGUGUCAUGGUAAAACUGGGGUAAUUUGAAAUAUACCGGCACUGUUGUGUUUUGACAAGCUACUUUAAUUAACUUUUACUAAAACCAUAGUACCUGUUGUUGUUGUUGUUUUUUUUUUUAAUGACAGGAUUGUUGCUUUACAGAUCGAAUCAGGCAUUGACUUGCAUUUUUAAAAACUAAGUUUGAAAGCAAGGCAAUUGUGGAGGAAUUGUAAUUUUAUUGUAUUUAUAGUGAAUGAUGUCUGUUGAAGUGCAUAAACAAAUGUAAACAUUUUCUAAAAGCUUAGGGUUUGAGGUACUUAUUCAAAGGUUCAAGAAAAGAACAUGGAUUGAUGAGAAUGACCCAUAUCUCUACACUAUCCCUGUAUUUACUUAUUUAGUGACUCCCUGCUCUGUUGUGUUUUUAUGGUGCUUCUUGGGUGCUGUCAUAGGAAUUAGAUGACUAUAAAUUACUUUUGGGUUGGCAAUUUACAGAAAUCAACAAGUAUCGUUUUGUAGGGACUCACAUGAAGGAUCAUCUAAUGUACAUAUUCAAAGUUGCUUAUUUAUUUGGACAAAAGUCAUCAAUAAAUACUUCUACAUAAAA